CAUUGUACUUCAACAAUUCAACCAAAUUAAGUGCCAAAGGUGAUAUUUGGAGAUUCAAAAGACCAUGGCAAAAGAGAGUGUAGUUUCCGAUAAAAUGAAACUUCUUCUUGCAUUGCUUGCACUGCAGUUCUGCUUUGCAGGAUUCCACAUUGUCUCCAGGGUAGCAUUAAACAUUGGUGUCAGCAAAGUUGUUUAUCCGGUUUACAGAAACAUCAUAGCCUUGUGUCUAUUGUCUCCUUUUGCUUAUUUCAUGGAGAAGAAGGAGAGACCACCCCUUACUUUUCCUCUACUGGUUCAGUUCUUCCUUCUUGCAUUACUGGGAAUCACAGCAAACCAGGGAUUUUAUCUUCUGGGAUUAUAUUAUGCAUCUCCAACUUUUGCUUCUGCAAUGCAAAACUCUGUUCCAGCAAUCACUUUUGUGAUGGCUUCUGCUCUAAGACUUGAGCAAGUCAAUGUUCCCAGUAGAGAUGGAUGGGCAAAAGUGUUAGGGACUAUUGCAAGUGUAGGGGGUGCCACCAUCAUCACUCUUUACAAAGGCCCUCCUCUUCUGCACCUGUCAGGACAAACACAAGAAUUUACCUUGGAAGAUGGUAUCUCCCCAAAGAAAAUGCAAAACUGGACAUGGGGAUGUAUAUACCUUCUUGGAAACUGCUUAUCAUGGGCUGGUUGGAUGGUUUUGCAGGCUCCUGUGUUGAAAAAGUAUCCAGCAAAACUCACACUCACCUCAUUUACAUGCUUCUUUGGAUUGAUCCAGUUCCUGGUUAUAGCUGCAUUUGUGGAGACAGACUUAAAUAACUGGAAAAUCCAAUCAGGACAAGAGCUGUUCACAAUCCUAUAUGCUGGCAUUGUGGCAUCUGGGAUUGUCAUUUCUCUACAAACAUGGUGUAUUCACAAAGGAGGUCCUGUUUAUGUAGCAGUCUUCCAGCCAUUGCAGACACUACUAGUAGCCAUCAUGGCAUCUCUUAUUCUUGGUGAUCAAUUAUACUCAGGACGUAUAAUUGGAGCGGUUCUGAUUAUGGUAGGCCUUUAUUCAGUUUUAUGGGGAAAAUCCAAAGAGAAGAACAUAGCAAUAAGCCAAGGAGAAGAAGAGACAUUAAGGAAACAUUUGCUAGAUACAGAAGGAAAAGCUGUAGAAUCAGACAUUCCAUGAUUGUUGGAGGAAAAGCUUAAUCAAAGACAAUGGCUGAU